AAUUAUGGGCAAGUACAAUAAUUUUGUCUAAUGCCUUCACAACAGCCAACAGUUCCAUGGAAAGGAAGCAAAUAUUUCUGCCAAAAUCGGAAUGGAGUUUCCCAAAUGAUUGAAAAACAUUUGGCCUUCUUAGUUCAAAACUCCGAAUUGAUGAAACUUCUUUUCUGAAGCAGCAGUUGGGAUUUAGAGCACAAGUUAUGGAAUUGGUUGAGGGGGUGUUGGAAAAAAUUAAAGGUGGUAGCCUACAAGCUAAAUUAAGUACACACCUAACAAUUUCGCCACACUUGCAAUCCAUUUAGAGGGCACCUACAAGUUUUCUGCUUCAUUUUCAUUUGCAUUUGCAUUGUUUCUACCAUUCCAUUUACAGAACAGAGAGGGAAGCAAGACGAACCUCCAAAUGCUGAAAUCAGAUCAUCGGGUUGCCAUGGACUGGUACAACUGGUUGUCGAAAACUGCACUCGAACGCUCGCUUGUGUAUGAGUAUGGCCUCCUCUUCACCCGGAAUGAGCUCGAACAGGAAGAUGUUGCAGCCUUCAACCAUGAGUUUCUCCAGAGCAUGGGCAUAUCUGUGGCCAAACACAGGCUGGAGAUCCUCAAGCUUGCCAGGAAGGAGGUUGGGGAAAACCCACAAAGCAUUUCAAGGCUCUUGCUAGCAAUCAAGCAGGCCAAGAAGGGCUUCAGCAAGUGGGUCUUUCGGGGUCAGUCGGCUGGCAGAGCCAUGUCAGAUUUGGCCCCUUUCCGGGCGCAUUGGACCGGAGCAUUGAGGAAGUACAAGAGUUCCAAGGAGUUCAGCAAUGAGAAGGUGGCGAUCACUAACAGGAGGACACUAAAAUCUGGCCCAUUGGACAGUACAGUGCAGGGGAGUUUGAUGGUCACAGCAGGGAGGAGCCUGCAGAGUGUAUCGGGGCCACUGGACCGAGACCUGCAAGAGAGGAUGACGUCCAUAAACAGAAGCCCAACGGCAUCAGUGCCUCCGGGUGGAAGGGUACUGCAGGAGAGGUUCUUGAUUGCUAACAAGCAUCAAGAUGAAGCCUGGCAUUUGGAUGAGAGGUGUUUAAGCCCCAAGCUCAAUGGCUUUCAUGGCAAAGGAAAGAUGAUUGCUGGUAAGGAAAUUCAGCCCCUCUGGUCUAUAAUGUUUCAGGAUAUGAAACCCACAUGA